CGAUCACUGAGUUCUAAUCAGUAUUCGGCAUUUAUAGAUCAGAGCUUGAUCUGGAAGGUAUUAGAACCUCUAGUCGGAAUAUUAUAUUAACGUGGAAAUGAUUUUGGAAGCCCUUUUUUCUGUUCCACUUUUGAUUUUCAUCUUCUGCAAACUGUGGACCCAUUUAAAUAAGACCUAUUUCAUUCUAAGUUUGUGUAAACGAAUUCGCCCUGAAGACGGUAGUUUGCUGGAAAGCAAGAUUUACGUAACUCCGACAAAAACCCGAUUUGGAAACAACUUCGACCUUCUAAACUUUACAUCUGAAAGCAUCUUUAACUUUAUGAGAGAUGCAUCUGCCGAAGCAAAAGGUCGGAAUUAUCUCUGGUAUUUUUUCCGUGCACCCAUGUACAAUGUGGUUCGGGCCGAGGAAGCCGAGGAAAUAUUCCAAAGUCCCAAGCUUAUCACCAAAAAUAUGAUCUAUGACCUUCUGAAACCGUUUUUGGGCGAAGGAUUGCUGACUAGCACAGAUCAGAAAUGGCACUCUAGACGAAAAGCCCUGACUCCUGCUUUUCAUUUCAAUGUAUUGCAGUCUUUUCUGACCAUAUUCAAGGAAGAGUGCAGUAAGCUGGUGAAAGUCCUGCAUCGAAGUGUGGAUAAGGAUUUGGAGCUAAAUCAGGUUAUUCCUCAGUUCACACUAAACAAUGUUUGCGAAACCGCACUGGGAGUAAAACUAGAUGACAUGACGGAGGGUAUUCGAUAUCGCAAGUCGAUUCACGCCAUUGAAGAAGUGAUGCAGCAACGCUUAUGCAACCCCUUCUUCUAUAACGUAGUGUAUUUCUAUCUAUUCGGUGACUAUCGGAAGCAGGUUAAUAAUUUAAAAAUAGCCCACGAGUUCUCCAGUAACAUCAUAGAGAAAAGGCGGAGUCUUUUCAAGAGCAAACAGCUCGGUCAAGAGGAUGAAUUUGGCAAGAAGCAGAGAUACGCCAUGCUGGAUACCCUUUUGGCAGCCGAAGCAGAGGGUCAGAUCGAUCAUCAGGGAAUCUGCGAUGAGGUCAACACCUUCAUGUUCGAGGGAUACGAUACUACCUCCACAUGCCUAAUCUUUACCAUGCUCAUGCUGGCCCUCCACGAGGAUGUUCAAAGGCGUUGCUACGAGGAGAUCAAAUACCUUCCCGAGGACAGCGAUGAUAUCAGUGUGUUCCAGUUUAAUGAACUGAUCUAUAUGGAGUGUGUGAUCAAGGAAUCUCUGCGGUUGUUUCCUUCGGUCCCUUUCAUUGGACGUCGCUGCGUGGAGGAGGGCGUGGUCAACGGUUUGAUCAUGCCGAAGGAUACACAAAUCAACAUUCACAUCUAUGAAAUCAUGAGGGAUCCCCGGCAUUUUGCAAACCCGAAAAUGUUUCAACCGGAUCGUUUCCUUCCGGAGAACACCGUGAAUCGUCAUCCCUUCGCUUUUGUGCCUUUUAGUGCAGGACAACGGAAUUGCAUUGGUCAAAAGUUUGCAAUCCUUGAGAUAAAAGUUCUGCUGACAGCGGUCAUCAGGAAUUUUAGGAUAUUACCUGUUACUCUCCUCGAGGACCUUACUUUUGAAAAUGGAAUUGUGCUGCGUACGCGGCAAAAUGUUAAGGUUAAGCUGGUGUUUAGGGAUAAUAAAGCUUUUUCAUGGGCCUUUUCUUUUCGUUGGGUAUGCCUUAGCUCAGUGGGUUUUGAAGUUCGCAGUAGUACGGUUCCCCAAAGCCUAAAAAUGUGGAUCGCUCUUCUGGGGUCUACACUUUUGAUUGGAGUCCUUUGGCUCCUGCUGAGACAACUUAAUAAAACAUACUUUAUUUUUUCAUUAUGUAAACGAGUGAGAACAGCGGAUGGCAGUCCAUUAGAAAGCAAAGUAUUCUUAAUUCCUGGAAAAACGCGAUUUGGCAACAACUUUGAUUUACUUAAUUUAACGCCUGCUACUAUUUUUAACUUUAUACGAGAGUCCACUGCCAAAGCCAAUGGACAAAAUUAUCUAUGGUACUUCCUAUUUGCACCAGAAUAUAAUAUAGUUCGUGCCGAAGAAGCUGAAGAAAUAUUUCAGAACACCAAAAUUACUACCAAGAACAUGGCUUAUGAUUUGAUAAGGCCCUUUUUGGGAGACGGGCUGCUGAUAAGCACAGAUCAAAAAUGGCACUCAAGAAGAAAAACUUUGACGCCGGCUUUUCAUUUUAAUAUUCUGCAGUCUUUUCUCUUCAUUUUUAAAGAGGAGAGCAAAAAGUUUAUCCAAAUACUGGACAAAAACGUGGGCUGCGAACUUGAACUUAACCAGAUUAUUCCACAGUUUACUCUAAACAAUAUUUGCGAAACGGCCCUGGGCGUAAAACUAGAUGACAUGUCGGAAGGAAACGAGUACAGAAAGGCCAUCCAUGACUUUGAAAUAGUUUUCAAUCAGCGCAUGUGCAAUCCGCUGAUGUUCUACAACUGGUACUUCUUUCUUUUCGGAGACUAUCGAAAGUAUUCCAAGAUACUACGUACUAUUCACGGCUUCUCGAGCGGUAUCAUCCAACGGAAAAGGCAGCAAUUCAAGCAGAAACAACUCGGAGAAGUUGAUGAAUUCGGCAAGAAGCAGCGAUACGCCAUGCUGGAUACCCUUUUGGCAGCUGAGGCGGAGGGCAAGAUCGAUCAUCAGGGUAUCUGUGAUGAGGUCAAUACUUUUAUGUUUGGCGGAUACGAUACCACAUCAACCAGCCUAAUCUUCACACUGCUCCUGUUGGCUCUGCACGAGGAUGUGCAACAGCGGUGCUACGAAGAGAUACAAAAUCUUCCCGAAGACGUUGAUGAAAUCAGUAUGUUCCAGUUCAACGAACUGGUCCAUUUGGAGUGUGUCAUCAAGGAAUCGCUGAGGCUGUUUCCCUCAGCACCGAUCAUUGGCAGAAAAUGUGUGGAGGAAAGUGUAAUGAAUGGUUUAAUCCUACCAAAAAAUGCCCAGAUAAGCAUCCACCUUUACGACAUCAUGAGAGACCCACGCCAUUUCCCGAACCCAAAUCAGUUCCUGCCUGAGCGUUUUCUGCCAGAGAACGCUGUGAAUCGCCAUCCCUUCGCUUUUGUGCCCUUCAGUGCAGGCCCAAGGAAUUGCAUUGGUCAGAAAUUCGGCAUCCUGGAGAUGAAGGUGCUCCUGGCAACGGUCAUUAGGAACUUCAAACUAUUGCCCGCCACUCGGUUAGAGGAUCUCACUUUGGAGAGCGGAAUUGUACUGCGCACAGCGCAGAGCAUCAAAGUGAAAUUUGAAGCAAGAGUGUAAUAAGAGCGUAAAUAAUGAAGAAAUCAACAUAUUCGGUGUUUUACAAAUAGUUGAAAAUUCCUCUAAAUCGAAAUUACUUGAUCAUAGCAGCCGAAAAGUAGGCUAUAAAAUGUGAAAUAUUUAAAAUGUUGGUUGAAGUCAAAUAUAUGUAGAAAGGGUACACAUAUGUAAAAAAAAAGGAAGAAAUAAGCAUGUUUAUUAACAUUUUAGAAUCCCACAAGUUAAACACAACCUGAUUUUCGCACUGAGGAAAGACAAUAAAACAUAUGUAAAGAAUAUGAAGCAAUAUAAAAAAAUAAUGUAAUCACAAAUAUUUUUAUAGAAGCUCUCUGUUAACAGAGUGCAAUGCAAUGUGCCAUCGCUGUUAUCAAACAUGUUUCUACCGUAAACAAUGUAAUUGUCUAUAAUUAUUUAUAGAACCGAAACAGAAUCGAAUGCACUUGCAGAAAAUUUUUUCGUCGCAUCUAGUUCUAUUUCCAAUUGGCAAAGAUAUGAAUAUCCAACAAGAAUAACACUUUAAUGCCUGUUGCUGAGAAAAUGUAUCACUUGACAUAAACAAAAGUACAUAUAUACACAAACAAUAUUUUUGAUUAUAUAUGGCUUAAACAAUUCAGCGGAAAAGGGUGUCCUUAACAUUUUGUACCACAUACUUCAUGGUCUUCAACACCUAACUAAUGAUUUUUCCUGCUUCGAUUUGAGGGUCAACUUUAAAGGCCUUGAUUACAAUAUGGUUUCGCCAACAAAAUGCCUAAUUUAAUUAUAUAUUCCCGUUCUGCGCAUCGAAUAACAAAACAAACCGCACACACACACACACAAAGUCACAUGCACUGGCAGUGCACCAAACACACACACAACCGCGCGCAUCAUGGAAAACCCUUGUAU